AUGGGUGGUAGGGCAGUUGGACAGGUGUACUGUUGUCAGUUCUUCUUAGUUGAUCUGUCGGAAGUUCAGAAAUUAUUUGUUUGCUACGAAACUAUGAAUGAAGGUGAAACUAAGACAAUGAAAUCAUCAGCUACGCUAUCCGACACUGAAUAUUUCAGAAAUUUGGAAUCGUAUCACGAGAAAUGGGUGAAAAAUCUCGGCAUUCAGAAUAAGCCAGGUAUUCCAUGUCGGAAGAUAUCACAUCAGAAAAAUGAGCAAAUCCAUACAGCGUGCUUGAAAAUCCUUGAUCGAUGUCCAUCUACGCUGGGUAACAGUGAUCUGGAAUCUGUAGUAGCAUUGUUUUGUGAGCGUGAAGAAUGUGACUUCGAUGAGAGCUAUACGAACAUUUUAGAAAUGUUGGUGCCAUUACGGUGUAGUGUGGAUGAACUCUACAAUAUAUUCUAUGCUAUAACUACGAAAUUUGUGCCAAGGGACAUAUUGAAAGGUGCCGUAUGCUAUCAGCUUAUGCAUUUGAUUGUGCAGUAUCACGACCCGUUGCUCAGCUCACAUCUGGAGUCCCAUAAAGUUACUUCUUUUGAAUAUGGGCGUCCAUUUUUCGCUGCGCUAUUUGCUCCUGAAAUUUGCAAGCAGUCAUUGUAUGUGGUGUGGGACAAAUUGUUCGAGAGAGGUGAUCCAUACUUGUUGUUUACAAUGGUUUUGGUCUUCUUAAUCAAUUGCUCCGAUCAGCUUAUGGCCCUGAACACAAAAAGUGAAUUGAUUGAUACGAUUCGAUUUGCUGUGAAAGAGCUUUCCACAGAUGAUGUGGACGACUUUUUUGAUUUAUCGGUUUUGUUUCUGAAUCAGACACCAUCGUCUAUUAAACAAGAUUUUCAACGCGUUUUGUUUGGCUCUCGACAUGUAGAAGAAAUGCAAGCUGAUCUUUCAAAGUUACUUGCCUUGCCAAUUGAUCCGCGUGAUGUUAUCAGAAUGGGUUUGGAUGAAAACCUUAAUGCAGCUUUUUCAAAACAGGAUUCAGAACCGAAUUUCUUUAUUAUUGAUGCUCGAUCUCAUGAUCAAUAUUCAGCUGGCCAUUUGGAUGGUUCGUACAACCUGGACUCUACGCUGUUUGUUGAAGCACCACUUCAAUAUAAAUUGGCUUUAUCCAGUCUGGACGCUUAUCGAUGUUCUUUUCAUUCUGAUGAGCAUAUCCUUUUCCUUGGUUCUGGACGUGAAGAUGAUCUUUAUUUGCAUAUGGUUAUUGCAAGUUUUUUACAAAAGGGACGAAAACAUAUUGCUUUGGUAGACGGAGGUUAUAAAGCUCUUCAUGAACAGCUUGCACCAAAUUUUGAACGUUUGGAUGGACAUUAUUCAGCCCUUUGUAAGGAGUGUAAUAGGCAGGCGUUAUACGAAGUCGAAAAAGAGUCUGAAAGAAAAUUGUCUUGGAAACUUGGUGUUGGUAGUAUUCUCGACGCAGUCAAAGCAACAGCACCUUCAAUUAGAGAAAAAAUGCGAAAACUGCCCACAAUUGUGACAAUUGGUCCAAAUACUGCUCAAUUUACCCAUGUUGAGACAAGUCAGCGGCAUGGUAAACGAUACCGUAACGAAAAGUCCGUCUUCACUCUUAGUGAUUCUGAUUCUGAAACAGAAACUAUUGCUAUUACAUCCAGUCCAAGAUUCUAUGAACCAAAAGUUAAAGAUAAACUUCAGAAGUUGGACGAUGUUCUAAAGCAAAAUGGUAUACUGGAGUAUUUUGAAGGGUUGGAAGUAUUUACAGAAGGCAGAAGUCACCGUACUGUGGAAUGCUAUUUAGCUUUAACAGCGACACAUAUUCUCAUUUUUCAUCAAGAAGAAAAGGUUGGAGGGGUCAUCCUACGAGCACGUCAUGCAUAUGGAUCAGUACUGCGUGUUUCAAGCCGAAAAAAAAUCCCUGAGCUGCUGACGUUCAAGUUUGGUUAUUGUACUGAUGAAGAUGAUUACAAGGCAAUUUACACUUACUUUACUCGUGUGUAUCUUCCUCCUUAA